AUGCCUGAUGAGGUGAUGCGAGGAGGCUUUCGGUAUAUGACGGCUUUCCUUGUCACGGAAAGCGGUACCUACGUCAACGUCACGGACGUGCAGCUUGAGAUAAGCUUCCAGCCUACGUGGUCAAACCUGGAGGCUUAUCAAGGGUUUUUCGAUUCCAACGAUGAACUGCUGAACAGAAUUUGGUAUGCAGGCGCAUAUACGCUCCAAACUAACGCCGUACCCACCAACACGGGACGUUGGGUGCCCAUGCUCGCGAACGGGUGGGCCAACAACGGCACUCUGGGUCCAGGCGACACCAUAAUCGUUGAUGGAGCGAAACGAGACCGUGCCGUAUGGCCAGGCGACAUGGGCAUUGCUGUUCCCUCUACCUUUGUCAGUACCGGGGAUCUCGCCAGCGUUAAGAACGCACUGCAAGUCAUGUUCGACUACCAGAAUCCGGAUGGUUCAUUCCCCGAAGCUGGCCCACCGCUUUUACAGCAAAACAGCGAUACGUAUCAUAUGUGGACAAUGAUCGGUACCUAUAACUACAUGCUAUACACGGACGACGCAGCCUUUGUGCAGAGGAACUGGGCCAAGUACCAGAAAGCUAUGGAGUACAUAUACGCCAAAGUCCAAGUCGACACAUCUGGUCUCCUCAACCAAACCGGCACCAGGGACUGGGCGCGCUGGCAAACUGGAUUCAACAAUACGGAAGCAAAUGUCAUUCUAUACCACACUCUGCAAACCGGUGCCGAACUCGCUACAUGGCUCAACGAGAGCAGUUCCAGCAACUUAGCAGCAACUUGGACGUCGCGCGCCACAGCGCUUCAAACAGCCAUCCUCACUCACUGUUUCGACUCCACCUACGGCGCCUUCCGCGACAACGCCACCUUGACGACCCUCCACCCCCAAGACGCAAACAGCAUGGCCAUCCUCUUCGACCUCAUCCCACCCUCCUCCCAAAUCGCCCAAGACAUCUCCACAGCACUCACAAAAAACUGGACGCCCAUCGGCGCCGAAGCUCCCGAACUCCCCGGCAACAUAUCCCCCUUCAUUUCCAGCUUCGAAAUCCAAGCCCACUUCACCGUCACCAACCCGACAGGAACAACCCGUGCCCUCGAACUCAUACGCCGAAGCUGGGGCUGGUAUGCAAAUCACCGCAACGGUACUGGCUCGACGGUUAUAGAGGGGUAUAGAACGAAUGGGACGUUUGGGUAUAGACAGGAGAGGGGGUAUGGAUAUGAUCCGAGUUAUGUGAGUCAUGCUCAUGGGUGGAGUUCGGGGCCUACGUCGGCGCUGACGGAGUUUGUGGUUGGAUUGAGGGUCACGGAGCCGGCGGGGAGGAAGUGGGUUGUUGAGCCUAGGUUUGGGGAUUUGACGAGGGCGCAGGCGGGCUUUGUGACGGGGCUGGGGAAGUUUAGGGUGGGCUGGGAGAAAGAGAAGGGUGGGGUUGGAUAUGGGGUCGUGAUUGAGACGCCAGUGGGGACAGAGGGUGUAGUGAGACUUCCAGUAGAUGGGUUGGGUGGGAAUGCGACAGUUGUAGUUGAUGGCAGAGUGCUUGGCAAGGAGCAGUAUCGGGAAGAAGAUGGACGUGUGGUGUUUGAUCUUCUAGGAGGGGUCUACAACGUACGAGUUGGCAUGUAG